GCACGUUUGCUUUGUGCUUCUUUUGUCGAUCGUUUCGGACAGAGUACAAAUAAUCUGGAAGAGAGACCUGCUGGUCCACAUCCUUAUCAAGUCAUCACCAUUUGCGCUCUCCACACCUUUCCAUACACCGACACCCACAAUCUGCGGUACAACAUGACCAGCGAUAACCAAGCCGAGCAAGCCGAGAUACCGAUCGAUGAAAAGCAUUCAGACAUUGAGCUCUCACCUCCCAAGCACUUUGAUGAUGCAGAUCUCACUGACGCAAUUUACGCCGAACAAGCGGAAAAGCGUAUGCCACUGCGGGAUGCGUUUCGAGCCUAUCCUCAAGCAAUUUUUUGGUCAUGGGCCAUCUCCGCGUGUCUCAUCAUGGAAGGAUACGACACUGUUCUCCUCGGCAACUUGACUGCUUUGCCCGUUUUCAGAGAGAAAUUCGGACACGAGAUCCAUCCUGGCAAAUAUCAGCUGGAACCCCAGUGGCAAUCUGCUGUGGGCUACGGAGCACCGAUCGGCAACUUUGUGGGCAUUUUCGUGGCUUCGUGGUUCCAAGACCGGUACGGGUACCGGAGGACCAUCCAGGCUUGUCUCCUGUCCUUGAUCGGAUUCAUCUUUGUCGUCUUUUUUGCUCCUAAUAUCAAGGUUUUGUUCGUAGGGGAGAUUCUCUGUGGGAUGCCUUGGGGAGCUUUUGCUUCGUCCGCAGUCUCAUACGCCAGCGAGGUCACCCCUGUUCCUCUGAGGGCGUAUCUCACAACCUAUGUGAACCUCUGUUGGGUCAUUGGCCAAUUGAUCGCCUCGGGCGUCAUUAAUGGAGUCAAAGCAAGGACAGACCAGUGGGCGUACAGACUUCCCUUUGCUCUACAAUGGAUCUGGCCAAUCCCGAUUUUCAUCUUGGUCACGCUGGCACCUGAGAGUCCCUGGUUCCUUGUCCGCCGCGGUCGAUUGGAAGAAGCUGAACGAUCUGUUGCUCGUCUAGCAUCGAGAUUGGAGAACGUUCAACCAUCGCAGAUCGUCGCUAUGAUGGUCCGAACGAACGAUCAUGAGAUUCAGGUUCAUGAGGGUGUCAGCUAUCUUGACUGCUUCAAGGGCGUUGAUCUUCGUCGAACAGAGAUUGUAUGCGUUACCUGGGCUUGCCAGAUCCUCACCGGAUCCGCUUUCGCCAACCACGCAUCAUACUUUUUCGAGCAAACUGGCUUAACGACGUUUCAGGCCGUUAAGAUGGAUCUAGGGAUGCGUGGAGUCUCGUUCAUUUCAUGCAUCCUUGCCUGGUUUGUUCUGACUUAUGUCGGACGAAGGAAGAUCAUCCUCUCAGGCAUGACGAUCUUGUGCUGCAUAUUACUCCUCGUUGGAAUUCUUUCGAUCCCAGGACAGCGACACGAAGGAUUCAGAUGGGCUGAAUCUGCCUUGAUCGUGGUCUGGGUCUUCGUAUGGGACCUGACUCUUACCCCCGUGGCCUACGCGAUCGUCGGUGAGACCUCUUCUACCAGACUUCGAGCCAAGACGGUCGGUCUCGGACGGAACACAUACAACGUCAUUGGAAUUGCAGCUGGCAUCCUGAAUACCUACCAGCAGAACCCUACUGCAUGGAAUUGGAAAGGGAAGGCAGGCUUCUUCUGGUUUGGCUCCUGCCUUUUGUCACUCAUCUGGGCCUACUUCCGACUUCCCGAGUGCAAAGGAAGGUCCUACCGAGAGCUUGACAUUCUUUUUGAACGUAAAGUUCCCGCCAGGAAGUUUGCGACUACCGUUAUCGAGGCGGAGGAGGAACACUAGGUGAUGCUUGUGGCCCUCGCGCGCGGAGGAUAUGUACCGAAGAUGGGACUGUGAUUGAUCUGA